UGUUCUUCCUAUAUGACUCAUUGUCACUCAUAUCUUCAUUAAUGUUCUCUUCCUAUAUGACUCAUUGUCACUCCGGCACAUAUAGGUAGACAAGCUUUGUACAUUAGGCAUAAGGGAAACCAAUAAAAGCAAAAAGUUAGAGCUGUGCUAACGUGUCGCGGAAUGAAGACGAUAAUCGGGAGAGUGGUCUUAAUAAAGAAGAAUCUGUUGGAUGUCAUAGACUUGAGCGCAUCGGUUUUGGAUCGAGUUCAUGAGCUUCUGGGAAAAAAUGUCAGUCUGCAACUUAUUAGUGCACAUCAUCCCAAUCAUCAAUCUUCAGGAGGUAGCUUGAGAGGAAAGGUAGGGAAGCCGGCGAUGUUGGAAGACUGGAUUACCACUUUUGCCCCUUUGACAGUUGGAGAGUCGUCUUAUAAAGUAUCAUUUGAAUGGGAUGAAGAAAUGCAAGUGCCAGGGGCAUUUCUUGUCCAAAAUAAUCACCAUAGUGAAUUUUACCUUAAGACCCUUACGCUUGAAGACGUUCCUGGCCAUGGUCAAGUCCAUUUUGUGUGUAAUUCGUGGGUUUACCCGGCAAAACGCUACAAAAAGGGUCGUGUUUUCUUUACCAAUAAGGCAUAUCUUCCGGACGAGACACCUGAGUUUCUACGUUCGUAUAGAGAGGAGGAGCUGGAACUCUUGCGAGGAGAUGGGAUUGGGAUGCUUGAAGAAUGGGAUAGAGUUUACGAUUAUGCUUACUAUAACGACUUGGGAGACCCUGAUAAAGACAUUGACGAUGCACGCCCAGUUCUUGGAGGGUCUUCGGAGUACCCAUAUCCCCGUAGGGGUAGAACUGGCAGACCACCAACCAAAUCAGAUCCUAGAACGGAGAGCAGGCUACCACUUGUUAAGAGCCUAGACAUAUAUGUUCCAAGAGACGAGCGAUUUGGACAUUUGAAGCUGUCUGAUUUUCUUGCUAAUGGAUUAGUAUCUAUCGUUCAAUUCCUUGUCCCCGAGUUUAAAGCUCUAUGUGACAGCAGCCCUGAUGAAUUUGACUCAUUCCAAGAUAUCAUGAAGCUUUAUGAAGGAGGAUUUAAGCUGCCUGAUGGUCCUUUACUUGAUCGCAUUCGACAAAAUAUCCCGUUAGAAAUGCUAAAAGUAUUUCUGGAAACGGAUAGUUCAGGAGUUGCCAAAUUCCCAACACCAGAUGUGAUUAAAGAGGAUAAGUCCGCUUGGAGGACGGAUGAAGAAUUUGCAAAAGAAAUGCUGGCAGGAGUGAACCCUGUUAAAAUUCGUCUUCUAAAAGAGUUUCCUCCUACAAGCAAGCUAGAUGUGGAAGUCUAUGGCAACCAAAACAGUUCAAUAAAAUCACAUCAUGUCGAGAAAAACCUGAAUGGUUUAAAAGUCGAUGAGGCACUGGUAGCAAAAAGGUUGUUCAUAUUGGAUCAUCAUGACUCGUUGAUGCCAUACUUGAGGCGAAUAAAUGCAACUACAAACAAGAUUUAUGCCUCACGGACAUUGCUUUUUCUACAAAAUGAUGGAACUUUAAAACCAUUAGUAAUAGAGUUAAGCUUGCCUCACCCUGAAGGAGAUAAUUUGGGUGCAGUUAGCAAUGUAUACACCCCGGCUGAAUAUGGAGUGGAAGGCGCUGUUUGGCAGCUGGCGAAAGCAUAUGUAGCCGUUGACGAUUCUGGGAUUCAUCAGCUCAUUAGUCACUGGUUGAACACACAUGCAGUUGUUGAGCCAUUUAUUAUUGCAGCGAAUAGGCAACUGAGUGUACUCCACCCCAUCUAUAAGCUUCUGUACCCUCAUUUUCGUGACACAAUGAAUAUCAAUGCUUUCGCGAGGCAGAUCCUGAUCAAUGGUGGCGGUAUCCUUGAGAAAACUGUAUUUCCUGAAAAAUAUUCUAUGGAAUUGUCAUCUGUAUUGUAUAAGAAUUGGGUGUUCCCUGAUCAAGCACUCCCAGUUGAUCUUGUGAAGAGGGGUAUGGCAGUUGAGGAUUCAGAUUCUCCUCAUGGACUUAGCCUACUAAUUGAGGAUUACCCAUACGCAGUUGAUGGGAUGGAGAUUUGGUCAGCUAUCAAAUCAUGGGUAGAAGACUACUGUAGAUUUUACUACACCAACGAUGAUAUGAUUAAGAAUGACAAAGAACUUCAGUCAUGGUGGAAGGAACUAAGAGAAGAGGGACACGGUGACAAGAAACAUGAAGCAUGGUGGCCUGAAAUGAAUUCAUGUCAAGAACUGAUUGAUAUUUGCACUACAUUCAUUUGGAUCGCAUCUGCACUUCAUGCAGCAGUAAACUAUGGGCAAUAUCCUUAUGCUGGUUAUGCCCCUAAUCGUCCAACCAUAAGUCGAAGAUUUAUGCCUGAGCCUGAUACUCCUGAAUAUGAAGAACUUAAAGAGAAUCCUGACAAAGUUUUCUUGAAAACCAUCACCCCUCAAUUUCAAAUGCUUCUUGGCAUUGCGCUGAUAGAGUUAUUAUCACGGCAUUCAUCGGAUGAGGUGUACCUUGGACAAAGGGAGUGUCCUGAGUGGACACUGGAUGCAGAACCUUUGAACGCAUUCCAGAAAUUUGGGACGAAGUUGAAAGAGAUUGAGGAGAGAAUUGUAGCAAUGAAUAACGACGAAAAGUUGAAGAAUAGAGUUGGACUGGCGAAAGUACCAUACACUCUACUCUAUCCCACUAGUGAAGAAGGACUUACUGGGAAGGGCAUCCCAAACAGUACCGCGAUAUGAUUAUAAGCCUACCAUUGUGUCUCUUAAUUUAUAUAAUAAAAGACAUCUACGAAUAUUUAUGACUGUGGUUCCAGAUCCAUGAUUCAUGUAGCCAGUUUAUGUAAACUCUAUGUUUAAAUUUUAUAUUUCUUUGGAUAUGAAAAACAUUAUCUAUUUUUCAUACAAAA